AUGGUUACCAAACAGGAGGAGUUCGGCUCUUCGACCUGGCAGAAGGUUCUUUGCAUGCGCGGUCUGUGGCACGGACUUGGAGGAGCUUUGACGAUGGCUUUUCUGAACUUAAGCUUAUGCUUGUUUUUAUUAGUUCUUGCAACGGCCGACCCAAAGCCAAACCGCCAUCGAGACCCAACUGACAGUAAAAGGCUUUUUGCUGCCUUUCCUCGUGCUGUGGCGGUCUUCACAACCAAGAACCACACGUCGUUUAAGUGCCUGAGUGCUACAAGAACGCAGUUUGACCCGGAAGCUGGGACGGCCACCUAUGUAUGGCACUUCAAGCCUCACAGCGGCCACAAGAGGAAAGAUGUUGUCUUCAACUUGGUGCCCAGCGAUACUCCUGAUUCGAGCAUUUUUUUCCUGAACAACGAUGAAGCUCAUCAGUACAGAACCUACUACGACUUCACCGACUACAAGACCUGCCUGGUGCUAAAAGUACCUUACGACAACCACGAUCACUGCAUGCUGUGGGUGAGAAGAGCCGUGGUGCACAACGUGCCUCAGGAUUGCCUUGAGCACUAUGAAGCGGCGUGUGAUGUUGGAGUCCCACUUGUCGACAAGGACAUUUGCAAAGACGAUGAUGAAUAAAGUAUCGUCACGAUGCAUUUUUAGUGCCUCGACUUGGC